AAGUAAGAUUUUAACUCGAGUAUCCUUAGAAAAACAAAACCUCCUACAACGGCCAAGUGUCUAUGUGUGGAGUGUGUGUGAUAUAGUCCAUCUGCCGUUACAGAGAUUUGAGGUGGCUACUUUGACGAGCACCUGGUCAGAGGGUUCCGAGUUACCUUCAUUCUGAAAAAAGAACGUACGAUAUACUUGUGUGGCCGGAUUCGGCAACGGGCUGCUGCCAGCCGCUGUUUGGUGGUUACAAACCCAUAUUCAAGCGGCAAAGGAUUCUGCAAGGAACGUACGAAAAAGUAACGAUACAUAUUCGAGUUAUAAGUUCAAGUAUCUUCAAUUCAAAUCUUUGCUACAUGUUUGAAUCAUAUUCAACCAGCAAGCAACUAAGUAAUCUGUUAUGAACCAGCUGAAACAAAUCCAUUCUCACACCCUGCGCAAUGGCAUAGAUUUCAACAAAUUCCUAAUCACCAAACUUCUUCAAAUCCCCAACAUCCCUUACGCCCACAAGCUGUUCGACCUUAUUCCUCAACCAAGUGUCUUCCUCUACAACAAACUCAUUCAAGCUUUUUCUUCACAUGGCCCGUAUCACAACUGUUUUUCUCUUUACACCCACAUGUGCCUCAAUGGUUGCACCCCUAACCAACACUCUUUCACGUCCCUCUUUGCUGUUUCUGCCUCGCUUAACCUACCGCACCAAGGACAGACGCUCCACGCGCAGUUGGUUAAACUUGGGUACGAGUUUGAUCUCUACGCGUCAACCGCUCUAGUUAACAUGUAUGCUAAACUGGGCUUGUUACCUUCUGCACGCCAAGUGUUUGAUAAAAUGACGAUCAGAGAUGUGCCCACUUGGAACUCUUUAAUUGCGGGGUACGCGAGAAACGGGGAUAUGGAAGGAGCAGCUACACUGUUUGAUGAAAUGCCUGUUAAGAAUGUUGUUUCUUGGACUGCCAUGAUAUCCGGGUACUCGCAGAACGGGAGAUACGCGCAUUCUCUCAAGUUGUUUAUGGAAAUGGAGAAGAUGAAAGAUUUGCAACCGAAUGAAGUGACGAUAACUAGCGUUCUUCCGGCCUGUGCGAGUCUUGGAGCGUUGGAGGUGGGACAAAGGAUUGAAACGUACGCAAGGGCACGAGGGUACUUUAAAAACUUAUUUGUGUGCAAUGCAUUGCUGGAAAUGUAUGCGAAAUGCGGUAGGAUUGAUAAAGCUACGGCGAUAUUUGAAGAAAUUGGCACAAGGAGGAAUUUAUGCUCUUGGAAUACUAUGAUCAUGGGUUUGGCUGUUCAUGGAAAAUCUAAUGAAGCCCUUAAACUUUUCCACCAAAUGCUGUCAGAAGGCGUGCCACCGGAUGAUGUCACGUUUGUGGGAGCAAUCCUUGCGUGCUCUCAUGGAGGGAUGGUGAACAAAGGGAGAGAGAUAUUCAAAUCAAUGGAGAAUAAGUUUUCGAUAACUCCGAAACUCGAACACUACGGAUGCAUGGUUGAUCUUCUCGGGCGAGCUGGACGACUGCAAAACGCGUAUAAUCUUAUCCAAACCAUGCCAAUGGAACCAGACUCGGUAGCUUGGGGGACUCUGCUAGGCGCGUGUAGUUUCCAUAACAAUGUUGAGUUAGCCGAGAUUGCAGCCAAACAUCUAUCCAAGCUAGAGCCAUGGAAUCCGGGCAAUUAUGUGAUUUUAUCGAAUAUAUACGCGAAUACAGGGAGGUGGGAUGGAGUUGCGAAACUAAGAAAGACGAUGAAGGGUUCUCAAAUCACAAAGGCGGCCGGGUAUAGUUUCAUUGAAGAAGGAAGUCAAGUUUAUAAGUUCAUUGUUGAUGAUAAAUCACAUCCAAGAUUUCAAGAAAUUUAUGGUAUAUUAAAUGAACUUUCUUUAAAGAUGAAGGCGCGUUAUGAAGACGAUGCCACUAUUUUUGAAUGUUUUAGCUAAUGUAUGAUCACAGACGUAAUUACAUUUUUUUAUCUAAUUGUUGCAUAAACUGUUCUACAAAACCCGAUUAAACAAAACGUGCACAAUCUAUUUGACAUAAGGUACUAAAACACAUACUUAUGCUAUCUUUACUUUUGCGGUCCUUUUUCUACUCCUUGCGACAAUUUUCAGCAGCUCGUCGAUAAGAAUUACGGGUGAUGAAACCAAGAUGACCAAAACCCAUUCGUCGAAACCCAAAGGAA